AUGGUAGUGUAUUCACAAAAACAAAACGACGUUAAUGUCUUUAAAAUUUUAAUUAUUUCAUCAAUUAAAUUAGGAAAAGAUGUUACUCAGUUUGAAGAAACAAUGAAACAAAAUGGAAUGAAUUUUGAAUUGGCAUUAGCUAAAUAUAAUAUUGAAAAGUAUGAUGAAGCAUUUUCAUUACUUGGUUCAGAUGAAAAGGAUAAAGUGUUAAAAGCACAAAUACUUCAAAAACAAGGAAAAUUUAAUGAGGCUGCAAAAAUUUAUACUGAAGUAUUAGAAAUUACUAAACAACCUAAAACUGGAAUUUUAACUAAUUUAGCUGCUUGUAUUGUUUCUGAUCAAUCAAUUGACUCAUCUCUUCUUGGUACUAAAACAUCUGAUUAUAUUAGUGAGACUUAUGGAAAUGCUGCUUUGAUUAUGUUAAGAAAAGGAGAAAUUACUAAAGCUGAAUCUUAUUUCAAUAAAGCAUUGGGAUCUUCUGCAUUAACUAAUCAUACCAUUGUUGAUGAUAAAAAUGAAAACCAAUUUGGUGAGGAUGAUAGUAAACUUAAAGCAUUACAAAAACGUAAAGAAAAAAGACAAAGAAGAAGACAAAGAAAAAUGAUUAAAAAGCAUGGUAAAGUAGAUCCUAAAACACUUGACCCCGAACGUUGGCUUCCAUUAUAUCAACGUAAGAAAAAGCAAAAGAAAGGUGGAAAGAAAUAA